AUGCUCAAGCCACCUGCUUCACAUCGGCACCGAGCUUCGUCACCGCCCGCAUUCACGCAUACCCCAGCCUCACCUCCUGCGACAAGUGAAAAGUCUCCAGGUCCUCCUCCUGUCCGUCCGGACCGUCUUCAGCAGCGGCAUACGCUCGAGGUACCUAAGUUACAUCCCGUGCGGACUUCUGUAGAUGGUCGAGACUCAACAGAUACCGCUGUCACCACCGGACGCUUCUCACCAACUACUCCCAGCCGGAGGCGUGGUUCUCUGCAGCUUGCCAGAAGAGUGACUCGGUCGCUGCACUCGCAUUCGGACAUGCAGCUUGAUCAGGUGCCACAGGACGAAGACGCCGAGCGAUGGGCUGAAGCCAUUAAAGCAAAGCGUGCGAUUCGGAAGAACCGUGUCGACACUGACGACGAUAGAGUCGUAGUCGGUACGAAGGUCGACGAGCACCACCAGAACUACGUUCGCGCGUAUAACAUGCUUACCGGGAUCCGCUUUUGUGUUAGUCGCAUACACGCCAAAUCUGAUCGCGAGUUGUCCGACGCCGACUUCCUGGCCGCACAGAAGUACAGCUUCGACAUAACAGGUAACGAGCUGACACCGAGUACAAAGUACGACUUCAAGUUCAAGGACUACGCGCCAUGGGUAUUUCGGCAUAUACGAACCAUCUUCGGUAUUGACCCUGCCGAAUACCUGGUGUCGCUGACUGCUAAGUACAUCCUGUCCGAACUUGGAUCGCCCGGCAAAUCAGGCUCAUUCUUCUACUUCUCGCGAGACUACAAGUACAUCAUCAAGACGAUACAUCGUGGUGAACAGAAAUUUCUGCGAAAGAUUCUCAAAGAGUACUACAACCAUGUCCGCUUAAAUCCAAACACGCUGCUUUCACAGUUCUACGGCCUUCAUCGCGUCAAGCUGCCAUAUGGCAAGAAGGUACAUUUCGUCAUCAUGAACAACCUCUUUCCGCCGCACCGCGACAUCCACCGGACCUUCGAUCUCAAGGGUAGCACCAUCGGGCGAGACUUUCGGGAAGAGGACCUGGAGAAUAACCCGCGUGCGACACUCAAGGACUUGAACUGGCUCCGACGAAACCUGCACCUUGAGUUUGGCCCUCAUAAAAAGGAGAUUUUUGUGACGCAAAUGCAACGGGAUGUGGCGAUGUUGCAGCGGUUGCGAAUUAUGGACUACAGUCUGCUGGUCGGCAUCCAUGAUCUCGAGCGAGGUAACGAGGACAACCUGCGAGACAAGACGCUGCAGGUUUUCCAGCCGGGUGGUGACAAGCUCCCAGACCCAGCAAACUGCCCGCCUGGUGUCAACCCUGGACUGGCGAGGACACCAAGUAAGCUGGAAACCGCUCAGCGCGCUAGAGAACUCAGGCAGACGGUGAAGAGUCAGCGGCCGAUCCCAAUGGCGCAGACUAUGGACAAGAUGCCGGACGAGAGCAGCUUAGUUCGAAAAGGAUUCUACUUCUACGCGGAUGAUGGUGGGUUUCGUGCGACGCACGAGGAUAACAGCCCUGGAGAUGAAAUCUACUAUCUCGGUAUCAUUGAUUGCUUGACAAGGUACAACUACGUCAAGCGAGCCGAGCACUUCUGGAAGGGCAUGGGCGGUCACGAGUCACAGAUCAGUCCCAUACCGCCUGACCGCUACGGUGAUCGGUUCAUAAAGUUCAUCUCCGGAAUCACGAUGUCACGUGAACGCGCAGAGAAGGAAGUUCUGACCUCGACACUGGAGAGUGCCGGAGUCAAGCUCCAGUCAGGCGUGAAGCCACCGCUCGAACCGCCCAUCAACGAUCCUCGAUUAGGCGGUGUGAACAUGCACCAGCUGCCGCAAGGAGACAUUUCGGGAAGCACUGGUCCACGAGACCUUGACCGAGACCCCUACAAUCCACCCGGUACGGAGAAAGUGAUUGAGGCGGCUGAGCAUCAAGCGCUGAAGACAGUACGCAAGGGCGCGGACGAAAGUAAGGUUCCGGAGCGGACUCUGACCGCUACCAAGGGUGCCGGGACUGAAGCGGAGGCGACAUCGUUACCCGUGAUUGGGGAGGCACCAGAGACUGCGAGCAAUGCGUCUCAGCGUGCCACACCUGAGCCAAGUCGGGAAGAAUUGAAGCCUGUUCUUGGCAACGCGAAUAUGGAAUCCCAGCAUGUUGGGAAUGUAUCGCCACCUACGCCGCCGAAGGAAGAUGGUAGUUUCGAGCACUCCCGACGAAUGCAGCCCGCCCCUCCGACACCGCCGAAGGAUGAUAACCUGAGGGGCAGAGGGCUUGAUAAGGACUUGCCUCUACCGCCUAUUGCAACGAAGGUCUUCUCAGCCAGUCCGAGUCGAUUGGUUGAUGGGAGUAUCGAUGGCGCCUCAUGA